GUCUCCAGUCCCCUAAUCAUCUUUGUUGCUUUUCUCUGCACUCUUUCUAGAGUCUACAUAAAUAACUACCUAUUCAUGACAACACACAUUCAGAUCAGUCACAAAAUAGGCUCACCCAUACUGCCAGUGCUCCCAGUUAGAUGGCAAAGCCAGGUUUCCAAAAAGCCAAUAGGAUUGGGGCAAACCUAAUAUCAGGAAAAAGGCUCUUCCUAGGUGCUUCCAUGGAAUUUUCUAGUAGAUGGGAUCUGGAACAUGCCUCUCCCAUCAGAUCAAACAGAACAUUACUUCACGACUGAUACAUGUAGAGAUUUUCCUGUGUUAAUAUGUAUGUUAAGCAGACUGAUAAAUAAUUAAAGAUAUUCUGGGAAAAACAAUCCUGGAGAUUUUAUUUAAACAAUGAUUUAUUGUCAUUUAUUCUAAAUUGGUCUACAUAAUUUAAUCAAAUAGAUAAAAAUAAAAAGCCGUUAUAAACAAUUAGAAAUUACAAUUCUUUUUAAUAUCAUGGCAGAAGCAUGGCUCUUUCUUUUAGUCAAAACUCAGCUGUGGUUACACAAUUAUGAUUGCAAGGUAUAGCUGGCAAACUCUAGAACAAAACUUUCAUUUUGAUAAACUUACAUUUUGGGAUAAUACCAUCUAGAAACUUUUGUUUUUUCUAUUUAAUUUCUGCCUGGCACAAUUGCAAGACUUCUUGAGAAUUACAGUAACAAAGACAAAAAAACCAGUAUAAUUAAAAACAUCCUAAAAUCAUAUUUCUGAUCAUGACCUAGGCAUUACUGACCACACUGUAAAUCUUUUUAAAGUUCAUGGACUAAGACAGAUAUUGCAUUUUGGAUCAGUUUACUCCCAAUCAAGUUUUGUGGUCCCAUUAAAAUACCUUUUGACAUCAUUUGGAUGCUUUGGCGUGUGUUGAAGGAUUCCAAAUUGCAGUAUUUUUCUACAGAGUGGAUAUCGUUUGAGUAGAGUUGUAAUACCCCAUAGAACAAAACAAUGGUUUUGUUGUUCUUAAAUCUUUAAUAUUUCUUAAUUCUUAAAUCUUCUCAUGUCUUAAUAGCAAAUAACCUUUUUCUGAAAAGGUGCUUUUUUUUUCAAGAGGCAACUGGACUUUCUGGUUUUUCUUUGAAGACGUUUUGCUUCUCAUCCACACACACACACACACCCCAAAAAAACCGAGCGAUUUUCUGUCUCUCUCGGAAUGGUCUUGCCUUCUCCCUUAAUAUUUGGGCCGGCCGGGCCAAGGCGACCCAGGGCAGCGGGACAAUGGGGUUCCUGGUAUCCUUCUUGGGCCCGGCCCAGAGCCGCUGGCUCCCUUGGCCGUAUUUGAGGGGAGAACAUCAGACGGAGGAGCCUCCUCAGCGCCAAGAAAGAAGUGGGCGCGGAAGCCCCCAGCCCCCUUCUCUCCACGCUGGGGCGGAGCGGGGAAAUGUCCCCCCGCCAGCGACCCGCCCCGGAGACGACGGCCGCCCCGGGGCGCGCUGAGGCGAAGCGGCCAUGGCUUUCCUCCGGCUGGCCCAGCUCGCCGCUUGGUGCUGCUGCUUGGCCCCGCCGCACGCGAGAAGCGGCGCCACGGGAGUCCCCCCGGGGCCCGGGGAGGCCUCGGAGGAGUUGGGAGACGCCGCUAACGCGGCCCGUUUCUUUCAGCCGGCGCAGCUGCAUGCCGGACUGAGGGUGGCUGCCGCGCCGUCCUUCCGCGGGCCCGGGAACGGCGAUCGGCGCGCCAACCGGGAGCUGCCCAUCCUGUUAUGGUGGAGCGGCGGCCUCUUCCCGCACUUCCCUGGCGAGACGGCGCGCAUCGACUGCCCGCGUGGCUCCUGCCUGGCCACCAAGCAGCGCCGCGUGCGAGCCCACCGGCGGACGCGGUCGCUGCUCUUCUAUGGCACGGAUUUCCGGGCCUACGAGGCCCCACUACCGCGGCUGCCGCAUCAGACCUGGGCCCUUUUCCACGAGGAGUCGCCCAUGAACAACUACUUGCUCUCGCACGGCGCCGGCAUCCGCCUCUUCAACCACACCGCCACCUUCCGCCGCCAAUCCGACUUCCCGCUCAGCCUCCAGUGGCUGCCCGACCUGACUUACCUGCGCCACCCGCCGCUGCGCGGCCUGCCGGAGAAAGACCGCCUGCGCAGGGACGGGCUGGCCCCGCUGCUCUACCUGCAAUCUCACUGCGACGUCCCCGCCGACCGCGACCGGUACGUGCGGGAGCUCAUGAAGUACAUCCAGGUAGACUCUUAUGGUAGAUGCCUGAACAACCAAAAACUUCCCAAUAUGAGAUUGAUGGACACUUCUACAGCCACUACAGAGGACUCUGAAUUCAUGAAUUUUAUUUCUAAAUACAAAUUUCACCUGGCUAUGGAGAAUGCCAUAUGUCCUGAUUAUAUGACAGAGAAACUUUGGAGGCCAAUGCAUGUAGGGGCUAUCCCUGUAUAUCGAGGUUCACCAUCUGUACGAGACUGGAUGCCUGCUGAUCAUUCCAUUAUUCUUAUUGAUGACUUUGGAAGCCCUAAAGAACUUGCAGAAUAUAUUGAUUAUUUGGACAGGAACUCAGAUGAAUAUUUGAAAUAUCUGAAGUACAAGAGUCCACAUGGUAUUACAAACCAGUUCUUGCUUGAGAACAUGAGGAAGCGUGAAUGGGGGGUAAAUGACAUGUCCCUACCUAAUUAUCUAAAUGGAUUUGAGUGCUUCGUCUGUGACCGAGAAAAUGCAAGACUUAAUGCAGAGAGAGAACACAAAAAAACUCAUGGGAAAUCACUAGCUCCAGAAGUUCAUAUCGCACAGAACACACACAUGGGAUGUCCUUCACCAGCACCUGGUUAUGGCAAUAUUGAAGACAUUCCUGAUGGAGACAGCUGGAAAGAAAUGUGGCUUCAAGAUUACUGGCAGAGUCUUGAUCAAGGGGAAGCUCUCACAGCUAUGAUUCAUCAGAAUGAAACUCAUCAAGGGAAGUUUUGGGAUUAUAUGCAUAAAAUCUUCUUGAAAAGAACUCAGCAUAACUAACCAAUUAGGAUUCUUUCAUGUUAUAUGAACAAUGGGCAGAAUAUGUACUCUUACCAACUUGCCUUACAUGACAACUGAAUGUGUUAAUCAGGCAGAUACCAGAUAUACCAUCCAGGAAUAAGACAAUAACAUUUCUGCUGAUUUUAAUUAGAAUUAAAUCAAAUCAAUUGUUUUUAUAAAAUAUUUUUAUUACUUGAUACUACUGCAAUUCAUUAAAUAUACUUUUUAAUUAUGUAAAUAAAAGUCCUUUGUAUAUACUGAGAAUUG